AUCUGGUCACACCACCAGCAAUAUAAUUACCAAUUCUCCAAUUCCAAUUUCUUGCUUCCAAUCGGCGGUCUUGCGCCAGUCGUUCAAUUAAGUUUUCCGCUGGCCAAGAGCAUUUAAUCGCUAUCGUGACCAAGUUAACGAAAACAACGAAACGACAGUAAACGCCGAGAGAGCGAGCGAGACGCACGGAUAUUCCUCCUCCAGCACCAUCCUUCUAAAUCACACACACACACAGGCACAAAAGGAAGAAAGAUGAUCCUCGAGAGCACGAGGAUUAGCCGGGGAGCCCUGCUCCUCGCAUUUUGCCUGCUGGCCGCCAUGACGCUGGCCGCGGAAGCCCAGAAAGCGGGCAAACUGACACAGAACCCGUGCGGGGCCAAGGACAAGUGCCACACGUGCAUCCAGACCGAAAGCUGCGCCUGGUGCAUGCAGCCGGACUUCAAGGGACAGUCGCGCUGCUUCCAGCACACAAGCAACGUUUGCCCCGAGGAGUUUGUCUGGAAUCCGGACACCUCCGAGCAGAUUCUCCUUAACAAGAACCUAACGCUGGCCGGCGUAGCAUCGGGGGCAGGCAUAGGAAUGGGCGGCGGCGGUGGCUAUGGAGCUGGCGGUGCUGGUCAUGGCGCCGGCUAUGGUGGCCAAUCCGGCGCUGGUUAUAGCAUCUCUGGCAGCAGUUCGAGCUCCUAUCACAGCUCCUCCUCCUCCUCCUCGUCCAUGUCCAGUUCUUUUGGCUCGGAAUACUCUGCGGGCUGGUCUUCCAGCGAAAUUGUCCAGAUCAAGCCGCAGUCGGUGAAGCUGAAGCUGCGCAUAAACCAAAAGCAUGACCUGAAGGUGAGCUACACCCAAGCGGAGGGGUAUCCUGUGGAUCUGUACUAUCUUAUGGACCUGUCCAAGUCGAUGGAGGAUGACAAGGAGAAGCUGUCGGCGCUGGGUGAUAAGCUGUCGGAGACUAUGAAGAGCAUUACCUCGAACUUCCGUCUGGGCUUUGGCUCCUUUGUGGACAAGGUGCUGAUGCCCUAUGUCUCAACGAUACCCAAGAAACUCGAGCAUCCCUGCGACAACUGCAAGGCUCCCUAUGGUUACCGCAAUCACAUGCCACUCAACAAUAACACCGAAAGCUUUUCUACCGAGGUAAAGGAGGCAGCCGUGUCUGGUAAUCUGGAUGCACCGGAGGGUGGCUUCGAUGCCAUUAUGCAGGCUAUUGCUUGCCGCCAGCAGGUGGGUUGGCGUGAACAGGCCCGCCGACUGCUUGUGUUCUCAACGGACGCUGGCUUCCAUUAUGCCGGCGAUGGCAAGCUGGGCGGCGUGAUUGCACCCAACGAUGGUGAAUGCCAUCUGAAUACCCAGGGCUUGUAUACGCACUCGACGGUACAGGAUUAUCCCAGCAUUUCGCAGAUCAAUCAGAAGGUCAAGGAGAAUGCCAUCAACAUAAUCUUUGCGGUGACCAGCAAUCAGAUUUCUGUCUACGAGAAGCUAAGGGGACACAUCCAGGGCUCUUCGGCGGCGGUGCUAUCGAACGAUUCAUCCAAUGUGGUGGAUCUGGUCAAGGAGGAAUAUGCGAAAAUCUCCUCAUCGGUGGAGAUGAAGGACAAUGCAACUGGAGAUGUGAAAAUCACCUAUUUCUCAUCCUGCUUGGGCGGCGGUCCCGAGCUGCAGACCUCCAAGUGUGACAACCUGACGGUGGGCCAACAGGUUAGCUUCACUGCCCAGAUUCAGGUGCUCAAGUGCCCGGAGGAUCCGCGCGAUUGGAAUCAAUACAUUAAUAUCUAUCCCGUGGGCAUUAACGAGAGCAUGCUCAUCCAUUUGGAGAUGCUGUGCGCGUGUCCCUGCGAGCAGCCCGGCUCCACAGGCUAUGAGAAGCAUUCGCGGCAUUGCAACAAUUUUGGCACCUUUAUGUGCGGCAUCUGUGACUGCGAUGAGCAUCAUUUCGGCAAUAGCUGCGAGUGUUCCGUCUCGGAUAUGAAUUCCACCAUCAAUAACGAUGCCAGCUGUCGGGCGGAUAAUACCACCACCACGGACUGCUCUGGCCGAGGCAAUUGCGUUUGCGGCUCCUGCGAAUGCUUCAAGCGCACCAAUCCCGAGGAGGUUGUGUCCGGUAAGCUCUGCGAAUGCGAUAACUUUAGCUGCGAGCGAAACAAGAACCAAUUGUGCUCUGGCCCGGAUAAUGGCAUCUGUGACUGCGGACGUUGCAUCUGCAAGCCUGGAUGGACGGGCACCAGUUGCGCCUGCAAGGCCUCCAAUGAUACCUGCAUGCCGCCGGGCGGCGGUGAGAUAUGCUCGGGUCACGGCACCUGCGAGUGUGGCGUCUGCAAGUGCACGGUUAAUGAUCAGGGUCGCUACUCCGGGCGGCAUUGUGAAAAGUGCCCCACCUGUUCGGGGCGGUGUCAGGAGUUAAAAGACUGCGUCCAGUGCCAAAUGUAUCAUACCGGCGUCCUCAAGAACAAUGACGAUUGUCUGCGCAACUGCACGACAUUUACGCCUGUGGGAGUGGACAAGGUGGUGAUCGAUGAGCACAAGGACGAGCAGAUGUGCACCUUCUUUGACGAGGACGACUGCAAGUUUAUGUUCAAGUACAGCGAGCAGGGCGAUCUCAUUGUUCAUGCCCAGGAGGAGAAGGAGUGCCCGCCCAAGGUCUUUAUGCUGGGCAUAGUUCUGGGCGUUAUAGCAGCCAUCGUUCUGGUCGGUUUGGCCAUUCUGCUGCUGUGGAAGCUGCUCACGACCAUCCACGAUCGGCGGGAGUUUGCCCGCUUCGAGAAGGAGCGCAUGAACGCCAAGUGGGAUACGGGCGAGAAUCCCAUCUACAAGCAGGCCACCUCCACCUUCAAGAACCCCAUGUACGCGGGCAAAUAAAUGAAAUAAAAUAAUCAAAAA